UACCAAGUUCAAGAAGAAUGUUGUCAUUGGGGUGCAUCAUUUUGUCCUGAUUAUUUUUUGAAUUGUAAUGAUGUGUAUAAUCCAAGUAGACUGUUAUCGUUAUUGAAAUAUUAUGACGAAGAAGCUUGUAAAGUAGGAACAGAAGAUUCAUAUGAAACAGCUGAACUAAAUGUUUCUCCGCCUUCUAAAGGACGAGUUGACAUGUAUAUUAAAUAUUUAAAAUGUGCUGAAGUUACGGAAGAAAAUUUUAAAGGAACAGCAAUUGUAUGCCAGCAACCCGGAUACCGCCCCCACUUAAGUAACUCAUUAAUGGAUAUGAAACGCAAGGGUAAAACGAUACAUAGUAAUUCAAAUCGACCAAUCCACCAAUUAAAAAUCAAUGAAAAACCAGUAAAUGUCGUUUUAAUCUCCAAUCAAGAUUACAAUUAUUAUGUGACGAACUCUGACAUGUCUACCCCUGAAGGCAUUUAUACCUUGUUUCCUGAAAUUACAGGAAAUGAACGUGAUGACUAUGAGAAUGAAGGAAAAGAAGAUUGCACAAAAAAAAAUUUACCAGAAUAUAUGAAAUUAUAUUGUGAAAGAUCCAGAGAAAAUAGAGAAUAUCUCAAUAAAUUUGAAUACAAAAAUGAAUCCACAGUUGAUAUAACUGAUAAAAUCCCUGCGUUAGAUGAUGAACCUUUAAGUACUUCAUUUUUUACAGUUGAAUUAUUAAAAAAACUUCCUUUCCGUGCAUCUAUAAUGGUUAUACUAUUAUUAUUAGUAAUUAUGGUUUUUUUCCUAUACUAUAAAGUAAAAAAUAAUUCCUCUUUAAUAUAUAAACAUUUUCUAUCAUUAUUUUUUAUUAAUUUUUAUGAGCUGUUUUAUUAUGAAAAUUGUAAUUUAUUAUCUUAUAUAUAUAUUUUUGCUUUUUCUUUUUAUACUAGUUUACCCCCUUCGGAAGUUGGUUAA